CCCAAGUUCUACGGUCUGCGCCGGCGCAGAUCCUUUUUUCCUUGAUAUCCUUCAAAAGCCAUGGUACUAUCAUGGGGUUUGCUGUAUAGGUUGUUUGUUUUCAUCGUCUUGCAGGGUCUAGCCUAUGUCCAAGCCCAUGUGUCCAGCGCCCAGCAGCCACUGGCGGUAGGCGAACCCGCCCAACGCGGGGAAGAUGCAGGAUGUUGCCACAGAUCUUGGUUGAAAGAUCAACGUGUCAUCCUAAAUAGACCGACGUGGAAUGUGCGGACUCCCAAAGAAGACCCUCAGCAACCGAUCAGAGACCCCUAUUUUAACACCACUUUGCUACCCUUGAAAUUUGAACCCUUGCCUCUCGGUUCUGUCAAGCCGCUGGGAUGGCUUCGCCAACAGUUGGACUUGAUGGCCGACGGCCUGCCAGGUCAUUUGCAUGAAUUUUAUCGCCUUGUUAAGGAUGCCCCUUGGCUCGGGGGAGACCAAGAAUAUUCAUGGCUCAAUGAAGCAUGGCCGUACUCAUACAAUGCACUUGUUCCGUUGGCCUGGCUGACCGAAAACGCACGGCUGAAGCAUCACGUUCUCCGCGUCACCGAUUGGGUCAUCAGUCAUCAACAUGAGGACGGCUGGCUCGGUCCCGAAACAGAUCUUUCACGCCGCAAUUUCUGGGGGAGAUAUCCUCUGUUUCUGGGCUUCAUGCAAUUGGUGGAGGCCGAGCCCGACCUCGGUGAGGGAAUGAUCUUACCAGCCAUGCAUCGGUUUGUGCUGCUCAUGUACCAAAUGCUUUCGAACAAGCACCAAGGCUACGUGUGGAAGCCUGGCGACCAGUUCGACGAGCAAUGGGGCCGUUCGAGGGCUGCAGAUAUGGUGCUUGCCCUGCAAUGGCUAUACGAGAAGUAUCCCAUGGGUAACGAGAAAGAGAUCCACCAUUGUAUGGUGUACAUGUACGAGAUGGCCUAUGACUGGGGGUACUGGUUCAACGAGGACAAUUACAUCAAAGAUGAUUUGGAUUUGUAUCCGGUUGAACUGACAAACAGCUUGUUUCCGUACCUUCAUGGUGUCAAUGCCGGCCAGGGACUGAAGUGGGCUGCCGUCAUGCGAAGGCUGGUGCAAGACGACUCGCUGCUCAACACAAGCAGGAACGGAGUCAACUGGACGUUUCAAUAUCAUGGCACACCGUCAGGAGCCAUCAUCGGCGACGAGCGGCAGGCUGGACUCAGUCCCGUCCGUGGCACCGAACUUUGCAGUGUGGUCGAGACAAUGUUCUCGUUGAACUACCUCUACCAAGCUACGGGGGACCGUGAUCUUGCUGACAAGUCCGAGCUCGCCGCUUACAACGCUCUUCCAGUCAUGUUCAUGCCGCAUUGGUGGGCGCAUCAAUAUAUAGCCCAGACGAAUCAACCCGCAAGUCACCGUCUGGAAAGCUCGCCGUUCUGGAACGUUGGUCCCUUUGGUCAGACAUAUGGAACCGAGCCAAAUUUUCCAUGCUGCACGGUCAAUAUGCAGGGAUACGCCAAAUGGGUGCCGGCAUCCUUUGUAAAGGUUGGGGAGGACGGACUUGCGCAUGCGUUGCUCGGCCCGGCACAUGUCAGCACAACCUUGAUGAAGCGCAACAAGAUACGAAUUCGCUGUGAGACCAACUAUCCCUUUGCAAAUUACCUCAGUUACGAGAUGAAAGCGAGGUCAGCGUUUCGAUUUUCGUUCCGGGUGCCUAGCUGGGCAAUUUUGAAUGAGAGCAGUAUCUGGGUUGACUCGGGCAAAGCUCGUGACCUCAAGCCGGAUAAUGCGACGGGUUUGCACACCAUGAUUGUGCCUGCUGGUCACACUCGGAUUGAGGUCAUGUUUGGUGCGACAGUGCGCGUCGAGCCUCGAGCGAACGACACCGUGUCGAUAUAUCAUGGCGCGCUACUAUACGCAUUGCCUAUUGCCGGAGACUACUCCUAUACCCGCCCAGCACGGUAUCCAGGGACGUCGGCACCGCCCCAGGCGAGAGAUUGGGCGAUACUGCCGCGAGAACCGUGGAAUGUGGCUAUUGAUAUCACGACACUGAGAUUUUUCGAUUAUCCGAAUCGGUACGAUGAUUGGAUGCCCCAUCCAAUAUGGCAUGAGGAACAGCCACCUGUAAGUAUCUCGGCCUUGGCCUGUGAGAUCGAUUGGCAAUUGAAGGAUGGAUAUGCCCCGAAUCCUCCGCUUAAGGGGCAACGGAACUGUACGGGGAGAGCCUUCCCCGUGGAACUGAGGCCGUAUGGAAGUGCCAAGUUGCAUAUGGCAGAAUUGCCCACGGUGGAUUUGAGGCCUGGGAGUCAUGAUCUGUGGCAGCACGGCGAGGAUGACGGUGAGAAGCCUGGUAUGACGAAUCAAAUGGAACUCUAGCCAGAAUUCCCACUUGCAUCGACGAACUCUUCACAACCUAGUAGUUAGCCUACUCUUUGGUGAGCAUUGUAGCGCCUGUAACAACGUUCGACUGCCUUCGAAGAGCAACGCAAUGCGCUCCUGAAUCUGGCCGUUUAUGCAAAAGAGAAGAGGCGUCACCGAAUGCUGCGUCAUAGCGUCGACAAUGGGCUACAGUACGUAUUUGUGAAAAGUGAAGAUAAAGAAGUGACAAGUUCUUCCGUCACGAGAAAGCACUCGCCCAGGGCGCUUGAGGACAAGUGACAGAGGCGUGAGAGAAGACAUCCCGCCAACUUACCACAGAUGCUGCGCCCAUCUGACGCUCCUUGAUCCUCCAGGUCUUGGGUGACUGGCGGCAAAGCAAUGAAUUCGUCGCUUGUUUCAUAAUUGGACAAUGCUAUGUACCAGGUAUUGGUGUUGCGAACCGCGCCGAGGAUGCAGCUGACCCCGGUUAUUUUUGUUUCCU